ACGUCCGCGCCCCGCUCGCCGCACUGCGCAGCCGCCGCGGGCCCGGACCCGGCGGAGCCCCCCGAGCGCCAUGGGCCGCGGGGCCGCGCUGUCCGCCUCCGCCUCCGCCUCGGCCGCGCUGCUGCUGCUGCUGCUGCUGCUCCGGGCCGGGCGGCCGCGGGGCGCCGAGCUGACCUUCGAGCUGCCGGACAGCGCCCGCCAGUGUUUCCACGAGGACGUGGACCGGGGCGUCCGGUUCUCCCUGGACUACCAGGUCAUCACUGGAGGCCACUACGACGUGGACUGCUACGUGGAGGACCCGCUGGGGAACACAAUCUACCGAGAGACCAAGAAGCAGUAUGACAGCUUCACGCACCGGGCUGAAGUCAAGGGCGUUUAUCAGUUUUGCUUCAGUAACGAGUUUUCCACUUUCUCUCAUAAGACCGUCUACUUUGACUUUCAAGUUGGUGACGAGCCCCCCAUCCUCCCAGACAUGGGGAACAGGGUCACAGCUCUCACGCAGAUGGAGUCCGCCUGUGUGACCAUCCACGAGGCCCUGAAGACCGUGAUUGACUCCCAGACACAUUACCGGCUCCGCGAGGCCCAGGACCGGGCGCGGGCGGAAGACCUCAACAGCCGGGUGUCUUAUUGGUCUGUUGGCGAGACAGUCGCCCUGUUCGUGGUCAGCUUCAGCCAGGUGCUGCUGCUGAAGAGCUUCUUCACGGAGAAGCGAGCCAGCCCCCGGGCGAUGCACUCCUAGGUCUGCGUCCUGCCCCGGGCCCUGCCGCCAAGCUGCAGCGGCUCCCCCAGGGCGGCCCUGGGCAGGGAACACAGGUGGCCCCCCAGCAGCCAGUGCCUGCAGAGCCCAGCAGCCCGUGUGGCCCCAAGGAGGGCAUUCGGUAGGGAAGGGCCCAUGGUCUGGCUGUAUGAGGACCCCCAGUGCCCUGUCCUCCUGGGGGCGGCUCAGGGCGCUCAUUGUGCUCCACAGAGUGGAUCGCUGGGCUUGCAUGUGUCCUGUCCUCCAUGGAGGGGAAGGGCCAUCCAUGUGGCUGGGCUCUGUGUCCCCCCCCCCCGCCCUGGGGGGCAGAGGAGACCUCUGAGUAAGCAGCAAGGGCCUGUGGCCGGGUGCUGCCUGAGGUGAGUUGCGUGCCUCCCAGAGGCAGCACUCUGCCUAAUAAAAACUAAGCAGGAGCCCCAUGGACCCUAGUGCUUGUAUUUCUUUGCCCUGACAGAGCGUGCAGUGUCCUGGGAACGUGGGUGUGCAGGGUGGGGGGCACCUGCUGCCCAUGAGGCGUGUGUGAGGUGCUGCUUGCUGGGGAGCAGAGCCUGGGGUCAUUUGCCCUCCUCCCAGUGGAUGAAAGCGGUGAAGUGGGAGCUGGUUAUCCUCUAGGGUCAGACUCCGAAGGUCACUGUGGAGGCAUCUGAUUGUUGUCCCAGCACAGGGGCUGAGGACAGGAGGGGACAGAGCAGAGCAGUUAGUGGCUGUGCUGCGUGCCAUUUCCACAGCAGCCACGCUGGUCUCUCUCUGUAAACCUUAGGUCAGACCAUGUCUUCCCUGGUUGACACCCUCCGUGGCUCCUUGUGUCCCUCAGGCCAUGGGGGACUGUGAAGUCUCGCCUCUUUGGGUACUGGCUGCUUGACCCCAUGUCGUCAUUCACCCCUCCCAGGUCUCCUUGCUCUUCCUGCCACGCACCAGGCUAUGCCUCUGCCCUGGGGCCUUUGCACACACAAUGUCCCAUGAGAACACCUCUCCCUGAUACCUGUGUGACCUCCAUCGUAUCAUGGUUAGAUGUCAUGUUACCCGCAGGUCGACCCUCACCACUCCGUUCAAGAUGGAGUCGCCCCACCUGCCCCUGCCUCCUGCCUCCCCACCCCUGCUUCACUUCUCAGCUAUGUGUCACCACUGAUACAGAUGUUCACUUGUGCAUGUACUGUCCCUCGUGCCUCGUGGGAUGUAAGGUCCACCAUGGGGAUGCGGGGCAGGGGGAUGGCUUUGCUCGCUGCUGCAAGGCGUCCUGCAGACUCAGAUCUUAACAUGUACCAGUUGCUGAGCAGAUGGCCUCGCCUGUUGGAAGUUAGUGUGUCUGACCGAGCGUCUCUGAAGUAGGUCUCCAUGGAAGAUCUGAGGUCUGCCCUAAAGACAUCUUCCGAGCGAUCCGAAACCCAGCUGCCUGGCUGGUGCUCUUCCUGCCUUGUAGGCACAGAGGCACGGUUUGCAUCGUGUGGCAGAGAAGCUCCAUGGGGCCUGCCUAGCUUGGUUCAGUGAGGGAUGCUGCUUAUCUGUUCAUAACUGUUUGAUACUAUUUCUUCUUCCUUAUUUUAAAAAAUAAUACCUUCCUGGGGCCCCUGGGCAGCUCUGUUGGUGAAGCAUCUGCCUUCAGCUCAGGUCAUGAUCUCGGUCCUGGGGUCGAGCCCCUUGUUGGGCUCCCUGCUCAGCGGGGAGGCUGCUUUUCCUUCUGCCCCUGCCCUUCUUGCAAGCUCUCCUCCUCUCUCAAAUCAGUCAAUCACUUUAAAAAAAAAAUUGAUAUCCUCCUCAAACUGGGAAGGAGGGAGGAAGGGAUGGAUGGUCAGUUGCUGCAGGUUCUGGGAAGCGAGUGUUAGCGGAGAGUCACAGCCCCCAGAAAGGCCGGCGCUCCUGUGGUUGUACCUUGUGCUUGCACUCUGCUCCUUCUGGCCCUGCUGCGGGACUGCGUCUGUCUGUGAAUGUGCCCCGCGUGCUGCUGAUGGGACACCUGCUAGUUCUAGCUCUUUCCUCACAAUGUCCAAGAAAACAUGAGUAAAUAAACCAGAUAUGAUGGUG